AUGGCCAUGCUCCGACUGAUGCAAUAUGUCACCGAGCACCCUGGGUGGGAUCGCGCGAUACUGGACUGCGAUGAAGCCCAACUAGCGCAGUGGCACCAGGACGCCACAGAAGGACCAGAAGGCUUUCUCAUCAGUUCUGCUGUAUGGAAUUGGUGUCUCGAGGAACUGCGAGACAAAGUGGAGAUGUGGCAGAAAACGCAGCGUCUGUUGGUGUUUGACAGCUCCUCAACCUUGUGUCAAGCCAAGGUGUCAGGACUGGAGGGAAUCAAAGAGGAGGUGGCACAACUGGGAUCACAGCCAAACCACGAUACCCCCCUUGUGGAUCCGUCGUUGUUUCCCUUGAUGUAUGACCGGUCCCCUGUCUUAGUCCACGGCGGACGGGUUUCCCUGGAGAAUCUAUGGGGCCUGGCUGGAGAAGUCGCCGGAGUGUUACCGCCUCAUCCGCUCGAUCUAAUGGGAAGACGGCGCAUUUCUCUUUCCCGGAGGCCUGUAGGGUACAAAAAGAAGGCGCAGGCGUAUUGGGGUAAAAGAGACCUGAACCUGGUUGACUCAAGACGCGUAAUAUCACCAUACCGCAAAUACAUCGCACAUUUCCCCGGUGUAUUUUCGGAUAUCGGCCUCUGCUUUCACGAGUCAUGA